UAUGGUUGCUAAACUUAUCAACGGAACGGCAAUUGCGCAAGAAGUGCUGGAUGAAGUUGCGGAGAGAUUGAAGAAAACUAGAGCAGAAGUUCCUGGAUUUUCUGUUACCUUAGCUGUAGUACAGGUUGGAAAUCGUAGCGAUUCAACUGUCUACAUAAGUAAAAAGUUGGAGAAGGCAAAGCAGGUUGGAGUUCAAUCAGAGUUGUCAAAACUUGGAACUGACUGUGAUGAAUUUGAGUUGGAAAGUGUGAUUGAGCGAUUGAAUAAUGAUCCUCAUAUUGAUGGAAUAAUUGUUCAACUUCCAUUGGACACUGUGAACAAGAUUGACGUUGAAAAAAUCCUUGACAAAAUUCGACCUGAAAAAGAUGUUGAUGGUUUAACUCGAAUGAAUGUGGGGAAACUGGCGAGAGGAGAGUUGGAUUCUGCAAUUAUUCCUUGUACUCCUUUUGGAUGCCUUCGUUUAGUACAAAAGGCAACAGGUGAUGAAAAUUUUGUUCAAGGCAAACGUGUUGUUGUUUUGGGUCGUUCUAAAAUUGUUGGUGCUCCAGCUGCUGCUCUUUUUACAUGGUAUAAUGGAACGACAACUUUGUGUCAUUCGCGCACUCAAAAUAUUGCGCAAGUUUGCCGAGAAGCGGAUAUACUUAUUGUUGCAAUCGGACAAAAACAAAUGAUCAGGGGUGAUUGGAUAAAGCCUGGUGCUGUUGUUAUUGACUGUGGAAUAAAUGUGGAAGAAUUGAGCAAUGGGAAACGACGACUUUUUGGUGACGUUAAUUUUGAUGAAGCAAAAGAGGUUGCAGGUUAUAUAACUCCCGUUCCUGGAGGUGUUGGGCCUAUGACUGUUGCUAUGCUUAUUCGAAAUACAGUUGAACAGGCAAUUAUCACUAAAUUAAAGUUGGGUCAGACUUCUGACAAAUGGCCCCUUGCUCCAUUGGAAUUGCAUAUCAAAUCACCUGUUCCAUCAGACAUUUCAAUUUCACGUAUGCAAACUCCAAAGCCAAUUGACAGACUUGCAUUUGAAAUUGGUAUCCGUCAAGAAGAACUUGAAGCUUAUGGACAUACAAAGGCAAAAGUAUCUCUUGAAGUAUUGGAGCGUCUUGAAGGAUGUGCUGAAGGAAAAUAUGUUGUUGUUGCAGGAAUUAAUCCGACACCUUUGGGUGAGGGAAAAUCCACAACAACAAUUGGAUUAGCGCAAUGUUUAUCGGCGCAUUUGGGUAAAAAUACCUUUGCGUGCGUCCGCCAACCGUCACAGGGUCCCACGUUCGGAGUUAAAGGUGGAGCAGCUGGUGGAGGUUAUUCUCAAGUUAUCCCAAUGGAAGAAUUUAAUCUACACUUAACUGGCGAUAUUCAUGCUAUAAGUCAAAGACCUCUUUGUGAUGCUCAACGCCGUCGAUUAGUUCGUCUUGGGUUUCCUGAUGUUGAUGACGGUGAAUUGCUGAAUGCGGAACAGCGCCGAUCUUUUUCGCGUCUCAAUUUGGAUGUUGAGGGCGAUGCUAUUUUUUGGAAUCGUGUUGUAGAUUUAAACGAUCGUUUUUUGCGUCGCAUAGAAAUUGGGCAUGGACCGCAAGAGAAAGGACAUGUUCGGAGUUCCGAAUUUGCAAUUAGUGUCUCCUCUGAGCUUAUGGCUAUUCUUGCACUUUGUACAAGUUUUUCUGACUUACGCAACCGAAUUAGACAAAUUGUUGUUGGAAAUGAUCGUGAUGGAAAUUCAGUAACUGUUGAUGACCUUUGUGUUGCGGGAGCAGUUGCAAUACUAAUGAAGGAUACUGUGAAACCGAAUCUGAUGCAAACACUUGAAGGAACACCAGUUUUUGUUCAUGCAGGACCUUUUGCAAACAUUGCACACGGAAACUCAUCAAUUCUUGCGGAUCGUGUGGCUCUUAAGUUGGUUGGCUCUAAUGGAUUUGUGAUUACUGAAGCUGGCUUUGGUGCUGAUAUUGGAAUGGAAAAGUUCUUCAAUAUUAAGUGUCGUUCUUCUGGUUUACUGCCUAAUGCUGUAGUUAUUGUGGCUACCGUUCGAGCUCUAAAAAUGCAUGGGGGUGGUCCUGCUGUUGUUGCCGGAUCUCCGCUUCCUUUUGAAUAUUUGAAUCCAAAUGUUGAGCUUGUCAGAGCAGGUUGUUCUUCUAAUUUGCGUAAGCAAGUUGAAAAUGCGCAGCAUUUUGGUGUCCCUGUUGUUGUAUGCAUAAAUCGUUUUGGAUCCGAUUCUGAAGACGAAUUGGCUGUUGUUGUUGACGGCUGCAAAGAACAAUUUGGCGUUGAUGCCGUAGUUUCUGAACACUGGGCUAUGGGUGGAAAAGGUGCUAUAAAACUGGCAAAAGCACUUAUUAAUGCCUGUGAAAAACCUUCAAACUUUAAGUUUCUUUACUCAUUGGGCGAUCCGAUAGAACAAAAAAUGAGAAUAAUUGCACAGAAAAUCUACGGAGCAAAGGACAUUGAAAUGUCUCCAGAAGCACGUAAAAAGGCGGAACAAUUCUGUCAUCAAGGUUUUCUACAAUUUCCUGUUUGUAUGGCAAAAACACACUUGUCUCUUUCACAUGAUCCAACAAGAAAAGGAGCGCCAAAAGAUUUUAUUCUGCCGAUUCGAGAUGUUCGUCUCUCUGUAGGUGCCGGCUUCUUUAUUUGUAUUGCUGGUGAAAUCGUUCUCAUGCCUGGACUAGCGACGAGGCCUUGCUUUUUCGACAUGGACAUUGAUCCAAUGUAUGUUAUAUGUGUAUUUAAAUAA